CAAUCAGUUGUGUUGAGUUGUGUGAUACGGAAUAAAAUCAAAAUCAUAAUAACAAUGGACUUGAAUGUGAAACUCAAUUCGAUUUAUCAAUAUUUGAUACUGUUGCACUGUGUGGCAUUCAUUAAUUGCGAAAAUUAUUAUAGCAUAAUUGCACCAGGUUUAAUGAAAUCGAAUCGUAAAUAUACUGUGGCGGUUACUCUACACGAUUCGAAUAUGCCCUGCAAUAUACGUGUCUCCAUUGCGGGACGUUCCUAUAAUGCUACAGAUGAAGUACAGUUGCAACCAUUCGAAUCGAAAAAGUUGGAUUUUUUUCCACCAAAGUUAGAGCAGGGUGACUAUCACUUGUUUGCUGAAGGUCUAAGUGGUUGUACAUUUCGAAAUCAAAGUGAUCUAUUAAUUGAAAGUUCAGCGGGUCCUAAAAUCUACAUACAAACUGAUAAAUCGGUAUAUAAACCCUUAGAUUUGGUACAGUUUCGUGUUGUCAUUUUGGAUGAACAUACGAGACCUGUUAACAUAAGAGAACCAAUUCGUAUCGAGAUAUUUGAUAAUGACAAAAACCGCAUUAAACAAUUCAAGGACAUUACCCUCACAAAAGGUGUCUUUACGGAAAAAUUCAAAUUGUCCCAACAACCAGUGAUGGGCGAAUGGGAAAUAAGAGUGACAAUAAGUGGAAAAUAUUCUCAUCAAAUGUCUAAAUGGAUUGAUGUCCAAUUAUAUACUCUGCCAAAAUUUAGUUUGCACAUGCAAGCACCCAACAAUUUCAUACUCGCUGAACCUCACAUCAGAGCAGAAAUCUACGGAAAAUAUACGUUUGAUAAAUAUGUGGAAGGCAUGUUACACGUCGAAUUACGUAUUUUACGCAACGACGAUUUAAUCGAACAACAAAGUCUACAUGUUGAUGGUUUAGCGGUUGUUGAAUUUCACCUUGAAAAUCCACAAUAUCUAGUCGGAGUGAGUUUUUUGCAUUUGAAGGCCAUGUUUGAAGAAAAACAUACGGGCAUCUGGCAAAAUUUGUCACAGACUAUUACAGUACGCGAACAAACUUAUAGAAUGUUUAUACCGGAUGAGGAGAUAGAAUUUCGCAACAAUAUACCAUUUCGUUUGAGAGCCCACAUUGAAGAUUGGAAUGAUGGGCCAAUCUGGGAUUCUACGACACCCGUUGUUAUGGAACAUGGUGCAAUGAAAUAUCAAACAUAUUUGAAUGAGCAGGGUGUGGCAUUAUUUGAGUUUGAUCAACAGCGAGAUGAUUCAUAUAUAGUGAAAUUCAAAGAUUCGAAUAUAACAAUGCCAAAUAUUUAUACAGUAGAGCAAAGUUCGGCCGACAUAGCAAAGCCAGUGUAUUGUAGAUUAAGAUUGAAAGAAAGGCCAAUACUCGGAAAACCGAUUGAAGUAGAAGUUCGAUCAUCCUUCAAUAUACCAUAUUUGGUAUAUACUAUCGUAGGUCACGGUAGUAUUGUCCACAUGGACCAUAUAACACUGCCAGCAAAUAGAAAAAGGCAUACCAUAAAAAUAACUCCAUCAGUAGAAAUGAUUCCGGAAUCCUUUUUAUAUGUUCACUACGUACAAGACGGUUAUUUUAGGUAUAAUGAAAUGAGAUUCGAAUUUCCUUGGGAGUUGGAAAAUCAGAUUUCAAUUACAGCUCCAAAACAGGUGAAACCAGGACAAGAGGUCACUUUAAAUCUAAAGGCACAGCCCAAAUCAUAUGUUAGUAUAUUAGCGGUUGAUCUCAGUGUUUAUUUAUUGGAUAACAAAUAUGAUGUAUAUAAAAAGACAAUAUUAAAAGAUUUAAUUGAGGAUAAAACGUAUAUUCCCGAUGCCGAAAUAGUAAGACCAGGUAUUAUAUCGGGUCUUAUAACUCUAACAAAUGCACAUUAUCCUGUUGUUUAUCAAAUUCAAACCGCUGUAAAAGACACAGGACAAGUACCAUUAGAAUUUCGCACAAAAUUUCCGGAAACUUGGAUAUUUGAAAACUAUUUAAUUAAUAAUAGCGAUACACAAAUAAUACUAAACAUACCAGAGACUAUAACCACUUGGCGCAUAACAGCAUUUUCCAAUAAUGAUGUAACAGGCUUUGGCAUUGUGGAUGGUCCCACCGAUAUAACCACCUUUCUGCCAUUUUUCAUUACUGUUAAUCUGCCCUAUUCGGUGAAACGAGACGAAACGAUUACCAUACCUGUAACCAUCUUCAAUUAUUACAAUCAAUCUCUGCCCACUGAUAUAAAAAUGUACAACACCGAUUUAAAAUUUAAUUUUGUGGAACCAUUAUCUUCUAGCCAUGAACAACUAAAAAACAUUAAUAUUCCUCCGAAUGGCGGUAUGACAGUAAAAUUUGUUAUAAAACCCUCACAAAUAGGAGAGAUUGAUGUGCGUAUAGCAGCCAACAACUCCAUGUAUGCGGAUGGUAUUGUACAAAAGCUUAAAGUCGAACCAGAAGGUAUUACGAAAUAUCACAAUAAGGCUAUUUAUCUGAGUGCUGCUGCUGGAGACUCAUCAUUGUCUCUGGAUAUACCGCUCGAUAGUGUAAAAGAUUCCGAGUUCAUAACACUGUCAGUGGGUGGUGAUUUUAUGAUACCCUCCUUGGAGAAUCUCAAUGAUAUGGUAAAAAUGCCCACCGGCUGUGGUGAACAAAAUAUGGUGAAUUUGGCUCCCAACAUUUUGAUUUUAGAUUAUCUUAAAGCUACUGGAAAAUAUUUGAAAGAGAAAAAUCUGGUUAAGAAAGCUAAAUAUUACACUGAAAUGGGUUAUCAGCAAGAGUUAUCUUUUCGCCACGAAAAUGGAGGUUAUAGUGUGUUUGGUGAGAAGUCUAGUCCGGAGUCCAGUAACUGGCUCACAGCUUAUGUGGUGCGUUUCUUUAUAAAAGCCUCGAAAUAUACACCGAUUGAAUCUCGUAUAAUUGAAUCAGAUUUGGAGUAUUUGGCAAAUCAGCAAUGGUAUGAUGGCAGAUUUCCAUAUACGGGUUAUUUGUUUUAUAAAGAACUUCAAAAUAAGUAUGGCUUUACGGCAUUUGUGUUGUUGACAUUUAUGGAAGAUCGUAGAUACUCUCGCAAAUAUCAAUCCACUAUACGAAGAGGACUUGAGUUCAUAAGCUCCGAUUUGGAUAACAUUGAUGACGUUUACGUUCUCGCUAUUAUAGGAGCUGCACUAACCAAAGCCAAACACCCAAGCACGAAUAAAGUAAUAGAGAGACUACAAAACUUUGACAAAGAAGAUGGAAAUGGCCUCAGGUGGUGGCCGAAUAAUGGAAAUGAUGUCGAAACAACAGCUUAUGUUUUAAUGGUUCUUUUGAAUGCUCCCGGUAAUCAUUUGCCAAUAUUGAAAUGGUUGAUUGAGCAACGCAAUGAGCAGGGUGGUUUUAAAUAUACUCAUGAUACGGUGGUGGGCCUUGAGGCUUUAGUGAAAUUUGCUCAAAAAUUUAACAAUGCUACUAAUUGGGAUUUGAAAAUAUCGUAUUCGGCUCAAGACCUUGAGGGAAAUGAAAAGGAAAUCAAUGAGUUCACCAUAAAUCAGGAUAAUGCUUUAAAUUUGCAGCAACAUGAGUUAUCAAAAUCUGUGCGUCGUGUUAAUUUCGUGGUGCAAGGCAGUGGCUAUUCUCUGGUGCAACUCUCCUCUCAAUAUAAUGUGAAAAUCGAUCUGGAAGUCAAACAUUUCAUCAUGAAAAUUACUCCCACUAUUUAUAAUGAUGACGAAAUGGAUUUGGAGAUUUGUUUUACGUAUCAAGCUCUGCACACAGUUAGCAAUAGUACAAAUAUGGUUAUUAUGGAAGCAAAUCUACCGUCUGGUUUUAAGGCUGAAGCUGAAUUUAGCCGAAAUUUAGUGGAUAAUGAAUUUAUACAACGUAUUGAAACGAAAAAUGAUGAAACUAUUAUGAUUUUGUAUUUUGACAAACUGUCGACAGAAGCGAGACAUUGUGUGACCAUUGAAGCGUUUAAGGCGAAUGAGGUAGAAGACCGUCAACCGGCAGCCAUAGUAAUGUAUGAUUAUUACGAUACAACUCGUUUUAACUCCAAGUUUUAUACAAUUUAGUGAAAAGUUUGAUUUAAUUAAUUUUCAAAUAAUUUUAAAUAAAAAAUGGUUUUUACUAUUCCAAUUUUCUAAAAA